AUGGAGGUCGACGCCACCGCCGCCGACGGACCCCUGACUGGACGGCGGCGCGCGGCAGAGCGAGAGGCCUCGCCGCGGGGGGCGGGGGGCGCUUACCUGGGCCGCGGCCGGGCCUCUGCGGGCGCUGCCGGGCGGGCAGACGGCGGUGAUGGCGGCGGGGGCAGUGGGGGCGGCCGCGGGCUCCGCUCCUUGUUGGGGAUUCGGCGGCGGCGGCGGCGGCGGCGGCGGCAGCCCGGGAGCGCGCUUUCUAGUGACGCAGGCGGCGGGGCCGCGCACGUCCGGGCCAGGGCGGGCCGGAGAUUUAUUUGGCGUUCGGUGCGGAGCCGGGCGAGGCCCAGAAAUAAGGCCCGGCGGGGGCCGACGCGCGUGCGCGGUGACACCGCUGGCCGGCUCGCCCCGCGGCCCCGCCCCUGCCCGCCCGCACACCUGCCCCGUAAACCACCUUCGUGGGCACGAGCCGAGGAAGAAUUGGCAGGGAGCCUUGUAGCAGAGCCGAGGGCCGGUGCGGGGGCAGUGAGCCGCGAAAACCUGGCGCGCGGACGGGUCCUCGGCGAGUCCCGGGAGGGCCUGCUCCCAAACGUCAGCCUGGCUCCUCCUCCCGCCGCGGUCCUGCUGAAGGCAGCCGUAGAAAGCGCCGUGAUGGCGGCAGGACGGUGCCACACCGUGUUCUUCCAUACAGGCCCUGAGCUCCGCUCUGGCCCCAGAGUCCCACCCAUGGGUAAAGACUGAGUCAAGGACGUGACAGACUAGGCGGCUGAUGUAAGAGCAAGGAAAGCUCAGGUUGGUUUUGAGUUCACAUUGCAGCCAACUUUUAAGAAACUACCCCUCAUCAAGCUUCAGUUUGGUAUUAAGGAAUGAGUAUUAACAUCCCCAUUCCUUUUCCAACAGCCAUUGAUCUCCAUGAAGCCAGGUUUUUUCAUAUACUUCAACCGUUCCAGGUACUUUUUUAAUUGUUUUUAAUUUUAAAGUGUUAUUCUAGCCCUAGCCGGUUUGGCUCAGCGGAUAGAGCGUCGGCCUGCAGACUCAAGGGUCCCAGGUUCGAUUCCGGUC